AUGCACCGACCCCCAAACGCAUUUAUAAUAUAUAGAAAAGAAAUCCAAGCGAGGCUUACCUCGCAAAAAAAUGCGACGGGGUCAACAUCACCGUGGAUCUCGUCGACAUCCACAAUCGCAGGUCGACUAUGGAAGGCCGAAGACCCCGAAAUCAAAGCGUUCUUUAUCGGUCUUAGCAAAGUCGCAAAACAGGUUUACGACCAGCUGUUGCCGUGCAAGCAAAACUGCACGUGUAAACCGAAGAAAAAAAGAAGAAAACGACUCGCUCGCGUUCGUACUACUUCAGCCCCAGAAUACAUCGCAUGUAAUGUCACAGCAGGUGAUAAUGCUAGUACAGCAUGCUCCAACGGCACAGUAUACGAUAAUAUCACAGUAUACAACAUCGAUGCCACAGCAAAUAUUACUACAAUACACGACGGCAAUGUUACAGCAUGCGACGCUGUCAUUACAGACCCUGUUAUUACGGACUCUGUCAUUACGGACAAUGCUACUAUAGCAUAUGACGCUGUCAUCCCAGACGACAUUGUCACUGACAGCACACACAGCAUUGUCAUUGACAACACAUACAACAAUACCGUUACAGAAUACGACAAUGGCCUUACAGCCUAUGAUAACGUCUUUACAAUUAAUGAUAAUACCGUUACCGAGAAUGCCCCUACAGCACACGACAAUAUCGACUUGCAUACAGGGUAUGAUCUACUGUUUACGUACCCGGGAGAUCAUGCAUAUGAUCGAAGCGCCCCUUUGUUGGACUCGGCGGGUACUGGUUAUGAUUUCCCAUUUCCGUAUCCAAUCGAUUUGGCUACCACAGAAAUAGCCUUUAAUACGACAGACGUUAACAAUAAUAUCGAUACAUAUGAUGCGAGCAAUUAUAUGUAUGAUACGAGCAAUUAUAUGUACGAUACGAGUAAUUAUAUAUAUGAUACGAAUAAUUAUAUGGCAGUUGAAAAUAUGAAUAACGAUAUGACUGAUACGAAUAAUUAUAUGACAGUUGAAAAUAUGAAUAACGAUAUAACUAAUAUGACUGAUAUCAAUAUGAAUAACACAAUAUGA